CGUCUUCUGAUUGGCUGCGUCCUGAAAACACAACACUAGUUUACUACAGUGGAGUUUUGCCUGACCCAACGAAGUUAUUUCCAAGUUUGUACUACAGUCAGCGUGUAGGGUGAAGCCAUUUUAUUUCACAGUGUUAUGUACAGUUAUUUUUUAAUCGUAAAUGAGUUAUUUUGCAAGCGGACAAAUGAUUUAACUCAGUGACAGGAGAAGAAAAGCCGCCAUUGUUCGAACUGGAUCGCCUAACGCUUCCCAGAUUUCCUGUUCCUGUGUGGAAUAAUUACCGAGGGCUGCUAACAGGAGAGGUAGAGACGCAAAACACAAAAUAUAUAAAAGCAGCUGUGGGGACUGGCGCUCGGGACCGCAUCUUAGCCUGUAUGGACUGCCCUUUGUAGGAGCAAAUUUUGUCACUUUUAUAGUUUUUUUUGGUUUAUUAUUGUUAAUUAUCUCUCUUUAUUUUCAUUUUUUUAAUUUUUUCUUGGCGAUUUCGUUUUUUUUUCUAAACGCAACCAUUUUUUCGGGAACGAAACUAGGAUUUUCCCUCAUAUUAUGCACUUCAAUGGAUGCUGGCGGCCCAUUGGUUAGCAUGAGAGCAAAGGAGCAGCCCUUUCAUGUCCGCUACAGGAUGGAGGUGUCCUGCCUGGAGCUGGCCCUGGAGGGCGAGCGGCUCUGUAAGGUGGGCGACUACAGAGCGGGUGUAUCCUUCUUUGAAGCGGCCAUCCAAGUGGGCACGGAGGACCUGCAAGUGCUCAGCGCUAUCUACAGCCAGCUGGGCAACGCUUAUUUCCACCUUCACGACUACGCCAAGGCGUUGGAGUUCCACCGCCAUGACCUCACCUUAACCAGGACAAUUGGUGACCUGCUUGGAGAAGCCAAAGCCAGUGGGAACCUCGGGAACACGUUGAAGGUGCUGGGGCGCUUCGAUGAGGCUGUGGUUUGUUGUCAGAGGCACUUGGACAUAGCAAGAGACAUAAACGACAAGGUGGGGCAGGCGAGGGCUUUGUACAACUUUGGAAAUGUGUACCACGCCAAAGGUAAAAGUAUUUGUUGGAGCGGCGCCGAACCAGGCGCCUUUCCUGAAGAGGUCAUGACGGCUCUGAGGAUGGCAGCAGAGUACUACGAAGCCAACUUGUCGAUCGUAAAGGAGCUCGGAGAUCGGGCGGCUCAGGGUCGGACUUUUGGUAACCUUGGCAACACAUAUUAUUUGCUGGGAGACUUUGGAAAAGCUGUUGCUUCUCAUGAACAGCGUUUACUGAUAGCAAAGGAGUAUGGUGACCGCUCAGCAGAGAGACGGGCGUACUGCAACCUGGGGAACGCCUUUAUCUUUCUGGGAGAAUUUGAAGUGGCGGCAGAGCAUUACAAGCGGACGCUGCAGUUGGCCAGGCAGCUGAAGGACCGGGCGGUGGAGGCGCAGGCCUGCUACAGUCUGGGAAACACCUACACUCUUCUUCAGGACUAUGAGAGAGCUAUAGACUAUCAUCUGAAACACCUGAUCAUAGCUCAGGACCUGAAUGACCGAAUCGGGGAGGGCCGUGCAUGCUGGAGUCUUGGAAAUGCUUACACAGCGCUUGGAAAUCACGACCAAGCCAUGCACUUUGCUGAGAAGCACUUGGAGAUCUGCAGGGAGACUGGAGACCGAAGCGGGGAGCUGACGGCUCGUAUGAACGUGUCUGAUCUUCAGACGGUGCUGGGUCUGAGCUACAGCACGAAUAACUCCACGCUGUCUGAAAAUAAAGACAUAGACAACGACCUUAAUGGAGGAAGGCCCAGGAUGAACAGACGGCACAGCAUGGAGAACCUGGAGCUGAUGAAACUUAGUCCAGAAAAGAUGAAUGGUCAGAAGUGGAGCAGCGACAUCCUGACAAAACAAGCUAAACCGUCACUAGCUAAAAGCUCCUCCAAGCUGUUCUUCGUCAGCCGGCUGCGUGGGAAGAAGUACAAGUCGGGCAGUUCCAGUAAAGUCCUUCAAGACACCAGCAACACCCUGGACACGAGUCAGAUGUCUGUACAGGGACCGCAGAAGAGACUAAGUCCUGAAGUGCUUGGAGAUGAGGGCUUCUUUGAUCUUCUGAGCCGUUUUCAGAGCAACCGCAUGGAUGAUCAGCGAUGCUCGAUACAGGACAGAGGCAGCAGGUUAUCCCUGAACAGCGGUCCAGAUUCACCUCCAAGAACCAUCAGAAAAUGUGCGACUUUUGUCUCAAACUCGCCACUCGUUCUACUUAACUGUGUUUCUUAAGUCAGUUUAUGUUUUUGCUCCUCUAACCCUGCAGCCGUCUCAGAGUCCAUCAACGUCUCGGGGGUGUCGGGUCGGCGUCUGGAGGAGUCGUCAGCAGCGGGGGGAAGCCUGCCGGGCCUCAGGCUCAAUCAGAACAGCAACCAGGCGGUUCUGAGUCAUCUUAUGGCUAACGCCGAUAACGCCGAGCCUGACGACGAUUUCUUUGACAUGCUCGUCAAAUGCCAGGGCUCCCGCCUGGAUGACCAGCGCUGUGCCCCUCCACCCCCACCCGUCCGAGGACCCACCGUUCCAGACGAGGACUUCUUCAGCCUCAUCAUGCGCUCCCAAGCCAAGCGAAUGGACGAGCAACGUGUGACGCUGCCUUCUGCAGCAAACGCCGCCGCUGCCAGGUCCACCUCCAGCUCAAACUGAUCUCAGCACUAAAGACACACUUUUCCCUUUUCAACUUUGACAUUUCACGAAGAUCUGGACUGCAGAGUUUGACCGGAAGUCGAACUAUCCGACCUUCUUCUAACAUUUGUUGGGUAAAACAAAGCACUAACAGAUUUGUGUGACCAGAAGAACAUGGUAUUGUUCUGCACUUGGAUCAACAGUAGCAAUAUAAGUAUAUAUUUUUUAUAAAUCCAGAAUGUUGCCUUUAAUCUUUAGGUGUAUUUUUUAAUACACAAAUGCAGGUUUAUUUAAAAUUAUUGAGCUUUUUCUAAACCGCCGUCCCACCCCAACUUUCUGGAGCUCUGAGGUUUGUAUGUCAGCAUGAAUGUGAAGGAAGAAUCCCAUCAGAUAUUUUGUUUGUAAGAUUUUUCUGUGAGUUAACUGAUAAAAGAAUGAAUUUGGACCUUUGUAGAGUUCCUUAUGCUUUUGUACAAAUAUUUUCUUGGUGAAAUCAGACAUAAAACCUGAUUCUUAAA